AUGUGCCGGUGGGGGUGCUCGGAGGUCACCACUACCUUCAUGUGUAAAUGGUGCGGCACUAGGUACUGUAAAGCCUGCCUCAGAGGCGAGUUCCCGGGACUGAUGCGAGAGCCGACCACCUGCGCUCAGUGUAAGCAGAACAAAUGCCAAGGUCAGAGAGUGGAAACUGUCCUGAAAGAGUACCUGAAGCAGGAGGAAGCCUCUGGAAAGAAAACGUCAAGAUCUGCCGUGGGGACUAGAAGUGUCAGCGCCCGACGAGGCAACGAUGCUGCCCCGAAAGACAAAUCUAUCCAUGGCAAGAAAUCGAAGUCUGGUUCAAGCAAGAGCAACUCCAAUGGGAAAAAGAAGUGA